AUGAGCGAGGGGCUCACAUCAAUGCCCUGGGCCAUCAGAGUUGCGCACGCCGUCGAGUGGGAGGACGGGACGGGGAGCAGAGAUGACGCCUGGCCGCUGGCGUGUGCGUUGUGCCCAUCCCCCACCCCCAGUCUCGGACAUCGGAAGCGGCGCAAACGAUUGGACGUCGAGAUGACCCUCACAGCUUGGCGAAAGGUUCAGCUGGCAACCUGCCAAUCCUAG